AUGCUCUCCCCAGGCAUGUGCAGCGGCUUGAGCAUUCAAUGCAAUGAAAGAGACCGUCAUCUUCUCCUAAACUUCAAACACGCUGCUUCCGAUCCAUACGCCAUCCUCUCUUCUUGGUCUGAUGAACAAGAUUGCUGUCAGUGGGAAGGAAUUCAGUGUGACAACACCACUGGUAGAGUGAUCAUGCUUAACCUCCCAUGUUCUCCACAACCCAGUGCUACUGAUUGUGAUGAAGAGGACGAAAGGCAGUGUCUCACAGGUGAUCUCCACCUAUCUUUGCUUCAGCUUGAGUUUCUAAAUUACUUGGAUUUGAGAAAUCAUGACUUCCAUGCUAUUAUCCAAAAUGAUCGUGUGGAUAUCUCAAACUCUACCAAUCUAUCUGUGUUUGAGUGCCAAAAUUCCUCUAAUCUUCGUUAUCUUGAUUUAUCCGAUAAUGAGCAUCUUCACUUUGAUAGUCUUGAUUGGCUUUCCCGUGUUCCAUCCUUGAAAUAUGUUGACCUCAGUGGCAUUAGUCUUGGAGGGAGAGUUGACUGGCCUCAAUUAGCAACUCUUGUUCCUUUCCUUUCGGAGUUGUACUUUGAUAGUUGUCAGCUUUCAAACAUUAGUCCAUCUCUCGGUUAUGUCAAUUUUACUUCGCUUGAAGUUCUUGGCCUCGCUCAUAAUGAUUUUAGCUCUGAAUUUCCAGAUUGGUUAGGCCAGCUUGAACAUCUACAGUUUCUUGAUAUUAGUGAAAAUUCCUUCUCUGGUCCAAUUCCAGAUUGGCUAGGCCAACUUGAACAUCUACAGGUUCUUGAUGUUGGUGAAAAUUCCUUUUCUGGUCCAAUUCCAGAUUGCUUAGGCCAACUUGAACGCCUACAGUUUCUUGAUGUUAGUGCAAAUUCCUUUUCUGGUCCAAUUCCUUCAACUUUGGGAGAUAUCUCAUCCUUGAUUCGCUUGGAUGUUGGUUCAAAUUACUUAAAUGAAAGUCUACCGGAAACUAUUGGACAACUCUUCAACUUGGAGGAAUUACAUUUUGAUGAUAACCACUUGACAGGGUAUGUGUCUGAAAAAAAUUUUGCCAACCUCUCAAACUUGCAUUAUCUUUCCAUGGGAUCACCUGGCUUAAUCUUUGACUUCGAUCCUGUAUGGGUUCCUCCUUUUCAGCUGAAAAAGAUUUAUUUCUAUCACAUGGUGGCCUCAAAACUUCCCGCAUGGAUAUACGCCCAAACGUCUCUUUCUGAAUUGGUAAUUACAAACUCAACAGUUUUAUUUGAGCCUCAAGACAAGUUUUGGGACUUUGUAGCACGAGUGCCAUACAUACAAUUACAAUAUAACACAAUUCAUGGGGAGAUGUCUAACGUGUUACUAAACUCUACAAUCAUAAAUCUGAGUAGAAACAAAAUCAAAGGCAAUCUCCCUCUAUUAUCACCCAAUGUUGCGAUGUUCAAUGUGUCACAUAACUGUUUCCAAGGGCCUAUCUCUCCAUUAUUGUGUCAAAAAAUGAAUGGGAAGAGCCAAUUAAAGUAUGUGGAUAUGUCUAUUAAUCUUUUAUCUGGAGGGCUUACAAAUUGUUGGAUGCAUUGGAAAUCAUUGGUUUUUGUUAGGCUAGAUGGCAAUAAUCUAACAGGCAAAAUCCCCCCAUCAAUUGGUUUGUUGUCUGACCUUGUGGUUUUGCAUCUCAAUAAAAAUAAUUUAUUUGGAGAGAUACCUUUGUCACUGGUAAAUUGUGGGAAGUUGCAGAUUCUUGAUGUAGGAGAAAAUAAAUUAUCUGGAUUCUUAAUGAAUUGGAUGGCGCAAAAUGCAAAGAUUCUUCGACUAAGAUCUAAUCAACUAAGUGGAAAUAUACCACCUCAGAUAUGCCAAUUGGCUUCCCUCAGAAUAUUGGAUUUUGCAGACAACAAAAUAUCAGGUUCAUUACCCAUUUGUCUGAAAAAUCUGACAGCCAUGACUUUCCCUAAUUCUUCAAAUAAUAGGGUUUAUGGAGUUUGCGUUAAAACUCCAGGAUUGUUGAGCUAUAUCACUGACAAUGUUAUGGUGCACAUAAAAGGCCAAGGAUUGAGUUAUGAAAACAACUUGAAGUUUUUGCAUGCUAUUGAUCUAUCAAGUAAUAAUAUCUCUGGAUCAGUACCUUCAGAAAUAUUUAGCCUCAAUGGAUUAGAAUCUUUGAACUUAUCUCAUAAUCAACUUGAGGGAAACAUACCAAAUGAAAUCAGCAACUUGAACAACUUGGAGUCUCUUGAUCUCUCAAGCAAUCAACUUUCGGAUCCCAUCAGGAACCCAACUUCAAAGGUCUGA